UAUUUGAAGCUGUGAGGGAUACAGACGUUUGGUCAAUAUUGUUUUAACAUGCUUCAAAUCAAUCAGCUUCUCUCCAAGAUAAAAUGGCAAACCUCAAAGAGAAAACUCCAAUGUGUCUGGUAAAUGAGUUAGCCCGUUUCAAUAGAGUCCAACCCCAGUAUAAACUUCUGAAAGAAAGAGGGCCUGCUCAUUCGAAGAUGUUCUCAGUGCAACUGAGUCUUGGUGAGCAGACAUGGGAAUCGGAAGGCAGCAGUAUCAAGAAGGCCCAACAAGCUGUUGCUAAUAAAGCUUUGGCUGAAUCUACACUUCCCAAACCAGUUCAGAAACCACCCAAAAGUAAUGUUAAUAAUAACCCAGGUAGUAUAACUCCCACUGUGGAACUGAAUGGGCUUGCCAUGAAGAGGGGAGAGCCUGCCAUCUACAGGCCACUAGAUCCAAAGCCUUUCCCAAAUUAUAGAGCUAAUUACAACUUCCGGGGCAUGUACAAUCAGAGGUAUCAUUGCCCGAUGCCUAAGAUCUUUUAUGUUCAGCUGACUGUAGGAAAUAAUGAAUUUUUGGGGGAAGGGAAGACUCGACAAGCUGCUAGACACAACGCUGCCAUGAAAGCCCUCCAAGCACUGCAGAAUGAACCCCUUCCAGAAAAAUCUCCUCAGAAUGGUGAAUCUGGAAAAGAAGUGGAUGAUGACAAAGAUGCAAAUAAAUCUGAGAUCAGCUUAGUGUUUGAAAUUGCUCUGAAGCGAAAUAUGCCCGUCAGUUUUGAGGUUAUUAAAGAAAGUGGACCACCCCAUAUGAAAAGCUUUGUUACUCGGGUGUCAGUGGGAGAGUUCUCUGCAGAAGGAGAGGGAAAUAGCAAAAAACUUUCCAAGAAGCGCGCUGCAACCACUGUCUUACAGGAGCUUAAGAAACUUCCACCUCUUCCUGUGGUUGAAAAGCCAAAACUAUUUUUUAAAAAACGCCCUAAAACAAUAGUCAAAGCUGGACCAGAAUAUGGUCAAGGAAUGAACCCCAUUAGCCGCCUGGCUCAAAUUCAACAGGCCAAGAAGGAGAAGGAGCCAGACUAUGUUUUGCUUUCAGAGAGAGGAAUGCCUCGACGUCGGGAAUUUGUGAUGCAGGUCAAGAUAGGCAAUGAAGUUGCUACUGGAACAGGACCUAAUAAAAAGAUAGCUAAAAAAAAUGCUGCGGAAGCAAUGCUGUUACAGCUUGGUUAUAAAGCAUCCACUAGUCUUCAGGAUCAACUUGACAAGACAGGGGAAAACAAAGGAUGGAGUGGCCCAAAGGCUGGUUUUCCUGAACCAACAAAUAACACUCCAAAAGGAAUUCUUCAUUUGUCUCCUGAUGUUUAUCAAGAGAUGGAAGCCAGCCGCCACAAAGUAAUCUCUGGCACUACACUAGGCUAUUUGUCACCCAAAGAUAUGAACCAACCCUCCAGCUCUUUCUUCAGUAUAUCUCCCACCUCGAAUAGCUCAGCCACAAUUGCCAGGGAACUCCUAAUGAAUGGAACAUCUCCUACGGCAGAAGCCAUAGUUAAAGGAAGUUCUCCUACUCCCCCUUGUCCUGCAGUACAACCUUCAAAACAGCUGGAAUAUUUAGCAAGGAUUCAAGGCUUCCAGGCAGCUUUAAGUGCCUUGAAACAAUUUUCUGAGCAAGGGCUGGAUCCAAUGGAAGGGGCAAUGAAUAUUGAAAAAGGUUCUCUUGAAAAACAAGUCCAGCAUCUGGGAGAGAAAGCGGACAAUAACCAGACACACCCAGGCUCCGCCGCUCAGGACUGCAAGAAAUCAAAGUCCGGCAUCUAGCAGCUCCCAGAACCACGCUGCCACCGCAUCCUUAUAAACCUGUCAGCACGCAUGAGGGUGUCUGUGUUCAAGGAAAUGAAUGACUAAUACCAUUAUUUGAGUCUUAUGUGAAGACAACACUAUUCUAACACAGGAGAUAAUACACAUAGUACUGUUUAUUCAACUGGGGAAAAAUAAAACUUGGCGCAUUUCCUUUGGAACUUGAGAUCAGAUCAUAACUCACUUGUCCAGAGGCAGCAGAAAUCUGAUCCUGCUACUGGAGCUUAAAAUAACAGUUAGUGAAAAGUGUUAGAAACAGAGGUAAAGCUUUUAAAUGAUCAAUAGAGAAAUUUGGUUUGUUUCUGUUGUUACGAUUGUUUCAUUGUGGCACUUGUGUUCAGUUAUAUUCUCUCUCAUUUUAAAUAAUGCUUGAUGAUUCAAAAAUUAACCAAUGACGUGCUGUGGAAUGUGAUGGUCGUUGUCUUCAUAUGGAGUCACACAGUUUCUCUUUUUAUGCAGAUAUUUGUAAUCUUCAUUCUAUAUAAACAUGAAUAACAUUAAGGCACACUACUCAAAGAUGUAUGCAAACAAACAUGGUUUAAAUCAGGUCAGAUAUUUAAUUAAAACUGUGAAAUAAUGUUAGGAACAACUAGUUUCAAUAUACUCCAGGAAUUUAAAAAACAAAUCACUUGUGCAUUUUGAGCUCCGUAAUACUCUUAGCCACCAAGGAGGCGUCUUGCCUCUACAAACCAUUUCUCUGGGUUCCACAUCCUGUGGCAGAAAUCACACUUACCCCCAUUCAUGUCUUGUAGCCACUCACUGUUUGCAUCAAGAGUGUUUUUAAUAACUGCCUCUGGACUUGGGACAGUGAGGAGGAUCAACAUAAAUAGUGUCCCUGGGUGGGCAAGGGAGAGCCUGUUGGAGGAGCCGUCAAAGUCUUGCCAGCUUGUAGCCUGCCACGCUUGGGACCAGCAUGUUGGAAUCCGGCGUGUAGCAAAUGCAGUAAAAAUUUGGUCGGUUUCUGUGUGAA